CGCUAUCAGAACAUGAAGCAAUUGGUAUCCAGAGAUAUAACUCGACCCAUAUUUUAUCAGGAACAGAGUAUGUGGAUAUGGGGGAUGAAUGUAACGAAGGCAUCGAUCGAGUAACAUGAUCUAGCCGUCAGAAAACUGGUUGUUUGAAUCGGCGGAAUUUAAGCGAACCUCCAUUCCGUGAUAGGCAUAUUCCCACAGCUAGAAAGCCACUCCACAAUGAUAUUCUGAGGAUUGGUCAGCCAUAGUGUGUUUGUAAGUACUAUGUUGCUUUGUUUUGGGAUAUGGAAAGGCUUGAUCGCCAUCGAGCAACAACUAAUCCAAUUUAUGCAUUAUGCUGUCAGAAAGGCCGCGUUGGUUUGCCGCUCUUAGCACAACCUCCACAUUUGUUGGCUGAACUUCUGCGAUUUGAUGGUGGUGCUAUGUCUAAGCAUUUCAGGGACAACAUUAGACCGUAUAAUGGCUCAUUGUGCUUCACAUCAUUUGGCGUUCUAUUGACCCUCGCUCUCUCUCUCUGGAAGGGGGCCUUAUUCAAUGGUAAUAUGUGGAGAGAAUUAUCAUAGGAUUGGUUCGCUGUUGCCUCCUGAUGGUGAAAAACCAAAGUUUGCCCAGCUCUAUAUUUUUGAACCAGAGAAUGAAAUUGACAACCGCUUGGCAAAUUAUGCUUCUCGGGAUGCUCUGCUUAUGCCAGAAUUGCCCACUUUAUUACUACAAAUGUUGGAUGAAAACAAUCAACUUGUCAAGACAUUCAGGCGAGUUCGACAGCAAUUACAGGAUUCUACAACGACAAAUUUGAAACUUCGGAUUUUCGGAGCUAAGAGCAGAAAUCGACAAUACGACUUGCCAAGGAGUGCUGAAAUCGCAGCACUCAUACCAGGCAAUUUUAUUCCAGACAGGGACGAUCGAGAUAUCAUUGUUGAUCAUAUUUAUGAAGGCUUAAAGAGAAUUACAAGUCUCAAUCCCAAGUUUGAUGCAUUGCAUUUCCCACUCUUAUUCCCAUAUGGAGAGGAUGGUUAUCAUCUGCUUAUCAAAUACAGGUCAGCUUUCUGUCCUCCUUCUAUGCGCAGACAAUUUGUUACUCAGUGUGAAUACUACACAUUUAGGCUCCAAUAUCGCAUCAAUGAAGGCCAUACAAUUGUUCAAGCAGGAAAAGCUCUUCAGCACUUUUGUAUCGAUGCCUAUUCAUCAAUAGAGUUAAAUAGGCUCGCAUUUCUGCGCUGUCAUCAGCCACAUCUUAGAGCUGAAGUUUACCAAGGCUUACAGGAUGCAAUGGCGCGGGGUGAUCUCGACGGGGAUAAAGUGGGUCAUGUUGUCCUCCCAGGGACUUAUAUAGGUAGCCCACGAUAUAUGCAAUAAUUAUAUCACGAUGCAAUGGCGGUGGUUGAGUUCUUUGGAAAUCCGGAUCUAUUUAUUACAUUUACGUGUAAUUCGCUGUGGGAAGAAAUCACAGAAGCUUUUCACGAUAUUGUUGGUCCAAAUAGCUCGGACAAACCGAUGGUGGUCUCAAGGGUUUUCCACAUUAAGCUCAGCAUUCUGAUUGAUGACAUUAAGAAAAACUCCUACUUUGGAAAGACGAUUGCAAUAAUGUAUACAGUGGAGUUCCAAAAAAAAGGUCUACCCCACAUACAUUUGCUGGUUUGGCUGGCCGAGGAGAACAAACUGAGGACAGCUGCUGACAUUGAUGAGGUUAUCUCAGCUGAAAUUCCUGACCCUCAACAAGAUCCAGUUGGAUAUGAGGCUGUUUGCAAAUAUAUGUUACAUGGCCCAUAUGGCGAAGCAAACACGAAUGCACCGUGUAUGCGAGACAAAAAACGAUCCUCGAACGGCAUAUGUUCCAAACAUUACCCAAAAGAGUUUAACUCAGCCACGUCAUUUGACAAAUUCGGAAAUGUCGUUUAUAGAAGAUCAAACUCGGGCACGGAGGUUCAAAAGGGCAAUUCAGUCCUCAACAAUCGACAUGUUGUUCCAUACAACCGAAAUUUGUUGGUGAGAAUGCAGGCUCAUAUCAAUGUCGAGGUAUGUCAUAAAGGCAAGCUUAUUAAAUAUCUUUUCAAGUAUGUGACAAAAGGUCCAGACAGGUCAUUGGUGAUUGCUGAAAAUGCUGAUGCACCUCAUAAUAAUGUAGAAGUGCAAUCCGCAAAAUACAGAGACGAAAUUCAGCAAUUCAUUGACUGUCGAUCGUUGUCAUCUUAUGAAGCUAUAUGGAGGCUGAAUGAGUAUCCAAUACAUGUAAGAGAGCCAGCAGUUGUGCGCUUGGGAGUUCAUUUGGAUGGUCAGCAAAAAAUACCUUAUAAGAAGCAAUCCAAUGUAAGAAAUGUUUUGGGGAAUCCUUAUGCCAGUCGAACGCACUUAAUAGAAUGGUUUGCGCUUAAUCGUAGAGACCCCGAGGUGAGAAUUCUGACAUAUGCACAGAUACCCAAUAACUACACUUGGCUAUCUUAUUGUAAAGAGUGGAGUCCUCGCAAGAAGGGAUUCGCAAUAGGCAGAAUUGCAUAUGUUCCACCAGGUUCUGGCGAUGUUUUCUUCCUCCGAAUGCUGCUCACAAAAAUUCGCGGCGAUGUUAGUUACGCUCAGCUCAGGACUGUCAAUGGAUAAGUUUGUGCAGAUUUUGAAAAAGCUUGUGAAAAAUUGGGCCUUUUAUCAGACUCUUCAGAAUGGAUACGAGUAUUAGCAGAUAUCUCAUCUUCCAGCAUGCCACGAGUGAUUCGAAGCACUUUCGUGUCAAUGCUGAUGUUCUGUGAAAUACCAAGCCCGGUAACAUUGUUCAACUCUUGUUGGAAAUCUAUGUCUAAAGAUUAUGCGUACAGUUUAAUAAAGGAUUUCAGAGAUCAGACUCUGAGGCCCAGCGACGAACGACUGCAUAACUGGGUUCUACAUCAACUACAGACUAUGUUGAGCUCACACUCAAUGACUCUUGAGAACUUUAAUCUUCCACUCCCAUCACAUGGUUUAUGCGAUAGUGGUGAGAAUCCACUUUAUAAAUGAGCAUCUUGCUUUCGAUGUCGAUCAGCAACAUACAUUGGCCACCACAAUGUUACAGUCACUGAACGUUGAGCAAACCAAUGUGUAUUCCGCUGUUAUCAAUUCAGUACACAACAAGAUGGGCCGCGCAUUCUUCUUAUACGGCCACGGAGGUACAGGUAAAACAUAUCUCUAUAAUGUAAUUACAGCAAGACUUAGAAGUUUGGGAAAAAUAGUUGUUCUGGUUGCAUCAUCAGGUAUCGCAGCAACACUUCUUCCCAAAGCAUCCACAGCGCAUUCAAGGUUCAAAAUUCCUCUCAUUCUAGAUGCAACAUCGACAUGUCCAAUUAAACACGGUACACAUUUAGCCGAUCUGCUAAAAGAAGCAUCCUUAAUCAUAUGGGAUGAAGCGCCCAUGACACAUCGUCGAGCUUUUGAAGCAGUGGAUCGCAGUUUAUGCGAUAUAUUAAAUGUUCCGCUGAAUGGACAUCGCUAUAAACCUUAUGGAGAAAAGACUGUUCUUUUUUGUGGAGAUUUUUUGCCAAAUUCUCCCCGUUAUAACCGAAGCUGGACGCAAACAAACUGUUGAUAGCUCAUUGACCAGAUCCAAACUAUGGAAUUAUUUUAAAGUUGUGCAGCUAUCUACAAAUAUGCGAAUCACAAAAGCCCAGCAUGCUGACCAGCAAUUAAUACAUGGAUAUACAUUCCCAGAAUGGGUCCUUGCCUUAGGAGAUGGAAAACUUAAAGCAAGAUCAUUCAGAGAAGAUGCCCCAAUGGAUUGGAUACAGAUUCCACAACUGUUCCUAAUUGAUCUUGGAACUGAUCCUGUUCAGUCGAUCGUGGAUGAUAUCUAUGAUUUGUUCCCCCAAAAUCAUAGACACCCGGAGUACCUCACUAGUAGAGCCAUAGUUACUCCAACGAAUGCAACUGUUUCUACAAUUAAUAAUUUUAUGAUGCAAAAUGUUCCAGGAUAUCCGACAACCUAUUACAGCUCAGACUCGCUACUGCUAUCGACAGAAACAACGGAUUCGUUUGAGACCACGAGAUCACAUUAAAGGUAAACACACCAGUUAUGCUCUUACGCAACUUAAACCCUGGUCUUGGCUUAUGCAACAGCACCAAAAUGAUGAUCACAUCGUUGGGCGACAACUAUAUAAAAGGCAACAUUAUGG